ACCAUCUGUAAAGUCACGUGGACUACGCCGGCAUCUUCACUAUCAACAGUACAACUCUGGAGGACACGUCCAAGAUGAAAACGUGUGUUUGUUUGCUCCUUUUUGUGGGAGUUGCUCUGUCAGAACCAACUGAAUAUUUCAGGGAAGAGUUUGAUUCAGAAAGUUGGAAAGACAGAUGGACGGAGUCUACGUACAAAGGAGCUGACCAGGGUAAAUUUGUCUGGUCUGCAGGCAAAUUCUAUGGAGAUUCUGAGAAAGAUAAGGGAAUCCAAACCUCUCAGGAUGCUAAGUUCUAUGGAAUUUCUUCUAAGUUGGAGAAACCAUUUAGCAAUGAAGGAAAACCUCUGGUCAUCCAGUUCACAGUAAAGCAUGAGCAGAACAUUGACUGUGGUGGUGGAUACAUUAAACUUUACCCCAAAGAUCUGGACCAGAAAAACCUACAUGGAGAUUCUCCAUAUUUCAUUAUGUUUGGACCUGAUAUUUGUGGACCAGGCACCAAAAAAGUCCAUGUCAUUUUCAACUACAAAGGAAAGAACUUGCUUUGCAAGAAAGAAAUCCGUUGUAAGGAUGAUGUUUUCACUCACCUGUACACUCUUGUCAUCAAUCCAGAUAACAGCUACGUGGUGAAGAUUGACAAUGAGAAGGUAGAGAGUGGACAGCUGGAGGAAGACUGGGACUUCCUGCCACCAAAAAAGAUCAAGGACCCAGAGGCCAAGAAACCCGAUGACUGGGAUGAGAGGGAGAAGGUUGAUGACCCUGAUGAUAAGAAACCAGAAGACUGGGACAAGCCCGAACACAUUCCUGACCCAGAUGCUAAGAAACCUGACGAUUGGGAUGAUGAGAUGGAUGGAGAAUGGGAACCCCCACAGAUUGAUAACCCAGACUACAAGGGAGAAUGGAAACCCAAGCAAAUUGAUAACCCUGAUUACAAAGGCAAAUGGGUCCACCCAGAAAUUGAUAACCCAGAAUACACUCCUGACACUAACCUUUACAAAUAUGAUGAUAUUGGAGCAGUAGGAUUCGAUCUUUGGCAGGUGAAAUCUGGUACAAUUUUUGAUAACAUCCUGGUUACUGAUGAUGAAAAAUAUGCUGAAAAAGUUGGAAAAGAAACAUGGGGAGAAACCAAAGAUCCAGAAAAGAAAAUGAAGGAUGGACAGGAUGAAGAAGAGAGAAAGCAGAGGGAGGAGGAAGAGAAGAAAAGGAAAGAGGAAGAAGAAAAGAACAAGAAAGAUGAUGAUGAGGGUGAAGAUGAUGAGGAAGAGGAGGAGGAUAAGGAUGAAGAGGAUAAAGUUAAAGAUGAAUUAUAAUAAACCAAUUGAAUUAGAUCUUAAAGACAUUUUGCAGUGUUUAGGAAGACCAUUCAUUCUUACCUCUUCAUUGCUCACUACACAAUUCCAUUAAUCAUGAUGAGCCAUUCAUGAAAUUGUGAAUGAGUAACUGUUGAAGUGUAAAUGUGUUUAAAUGUGUGUGUGUAUACCUGAGGAUGGAUGUUUGUGAACUGAAUGUUGAUGUUAGAUGGAAUAUAGUUUUCUACUUUGGGGACAUUAUUUAUUGUUUUCAUUUUCAGCAGAUAGCUUUACUUAAAUAAGCAAAAAUCAAAGGGUGCAUUUCCAUUCUUUUUAUCUCCUUGAAAAAGAACUAAUGUCUGUUGUUAAGUAUAAUUUAUUCAUGAAAAGUGAAUAAAAGUGGGGUUUUAAUAAA